AUGAAGAAGAGGAAGGGGGAGUUUGUGGACGAGGGGGAGAAGAAGCAAAUACAAGGGGAAUCCUCUCAGAAUGAUUUGGAGCCUAGGUCAAUGACAGUUGAGUUGAUGAAUCACCAAAAGCAAGCCCUAGCCUGGAUGCUGGAGCAGGAGUCUAGCGGCAGAAAAGGUGGCAUCCUUGCUGACGACCAGGGCCUGGGCAAGACCCUCUCAGCCAUCGCGCUCAUCCUCGAGGCUAGCCCAAGGUCAAUGGCCCAAGACCAUGCAAGUCAAAAGAUAGUCAGGGGUGGUACGCUCAUCGUUUGCCCGGUAAGUGUCAUCCGGCAGUGGGAGAGCGAGAUCGCAACUAAGGUGGCGGCCAGUGCACCACUCUCCACAUUCGUCUACCAUGACAAACGCAAGGUGACGCCUGAGAUGCUGGCAUUGUACGACGUGGUGAUCACCACGUACGGAGUACUGGCCAAGGAGAAGUGUAACAAGGUGAACAAGGUCUUUAAUCGACGUCGUGCAGCUUGGAUCGUGGAGAGGCAGUACCUUUCUGGUCCCCUGGGCAAUGUGGAGUGGCACAGGGUGGUGCUGGACGAAGCACAAUCCAUCCGGAAUGCCUACACCCAAGUCUCGCGCUCUUGCAUGCAUCUCUCCGCGACGUACAGAUGGGCUCUCUCAGGAACGCCAUUCCAGAACAACAUCAAGGAUCUCUACGGUUUCUUCUGCUUUCUCCGGGUCCAUCCCUAUUGUCACAAUCGUAAGGCUUUCGACGAGCAGUAUGAGGUGUAUGAGAAAAGGGGCUACUCGCUGCAGCUCAAGGCGGUGCUGGAGAGCAUUGUGCUCCGGCGGAACAAGAACUCGAUCGUUGAGCUGCGGCUGCCGCCCAGGCUGGUCAACCGGGUGGAGGUGGAGCUAUCGGAGCUGGAGAGAGAACUCUAUGAAGAUCUUAUGGAGAAGUACGAGGCAAGAAUCAGCGAAUACAGCAGCAAAGGGACGCUGCAGAUGAACAAGUUUAACAUGUUGAGCAUGCUGCUGCGACUGAGGCAAAUGUGUAACCAUCCAGCGCUGCUCGACAGUGACCACCUCUUCCAAGUCGAAGACGAUGAUCUCAUCGUGGAUGAAGAUGGAAGUGAGGAUGGAAGUGGGCACCAGCAGAUGAGAGAGGCAUUGAGUAAGCUCCAGCUCGAGGCCCAGGAGAGGCAAGAAGAGUUUGAUCGCAAGGUGCAAGAGAUUGGCCAGUCGGCCAAGCUGAAAGCCGCGAUGAUGGUGCUGGAUAUGACCCCUCAUGGGGAGAAAUCCCUCAUCUUUUCACAGUGGACGUCUAUGCUCGACCUGAUUGAACCACAGCUGGAGGAAGCCGGGAUCCAGUUCUCCAGGAUCGACGGGAGCAUGAGCACAAGAAAGCGAGUCGCGGCAAUCAAGAGAUUUAGCGAGGAUCCAGAGGUAGCGGUAAUGCUUAUAUCGCUUAGAGCUGGCGGGUGUGGGCUCAACCUGGUGGCCGCGACUCGUGUGCUGCUAAUGGACAUGUGGUGGAACCCGACCACGGAGGACCAGGCCAUUGACCGGACGCACCGCAUUGGUCAAACUCGGCCGGUCCACGUGACCAGGUUUGUGGUCAAAGAAACUGUGGAAGAGCGCAUCUUACAGAUCCAGGAGGAGAAGAAGAAGCUGGUGGAAUUUGCAUUUGGGGAGAAAAGCUGCAAGGAUCACAGCCUCAGCAUUGACGAGCUCACUUCGAUAUUUUUGAAUGGAGGCUGCUCGUGCACAGUGGGUGGAGAAGAUAAGCUGAAUGGUUCACUUCCUGUUCCUUCCUGUAUAUGCCAUGUUGUUGAAGAGGCUGUAGUAAACCUGGCUUGCGGCUGCUUUGUAUUGCAUCACUGUCCAGAUGGUGUAGGUGGUGAUAUGGAGGAUUUCCUGGCUGCUGUGCUGGUCUGCUGA